AUCAGAAAGCCUGUUCAGUGAGCUUCAAUUGCAGUGAAGGAUCAAAGCUCACUGUUUCCUGAGACCAGGGCAACGGUUGCGGCGCCAGAUGCGUGAAGAUUCUAAGCCGCCUAUAGCACUGCCAUUCGUAAUCUAGAAUAGAAUCUUUUGUAGCGUCUAUUUCGACUGACCCGCUAUGGCGUGUCUCGCAUUAGCAUUGCAGCCAGCGCAGGGACCAGACCUGCUGCUCCAGACCAAGGUGUGGUUUCCCCCCAAGCGCGCGCUGGCGGCGUGUCAGAGCUUCCGCUCGACGCGGCAUGCGGACAGCAGCAUGCGGCACGCGGAGCACCAGCAGCCGGCCAACCAGGCGCUCAUGCUGGACCGCCUGGGCGACGACCCACUCGCCGCCGCCAGCGGGCAAGUCGUCGUCGGCAGCGACCGCCGGUACCGCGUGGUGUACCGCUUGGUGAACAGCAUCUACGUGUUGGGGCUCAUGCUGGCGGACGAGGACGAGACGUCGCUCAACGUGUACAGCUGCAUCAGCACCGUCAACCAGGCCGUCAGUGUGCUGGUGGCAGCAUGCAGGGGCGUGGACGUCACUCCGGAAAAGAUAUUCCGCAAGUACACUGAGGUCUACAUGGCGUUCUUCUACGUCCUGCAGGGCAUCGGCUCCGCCCGUCUCUCCGCGGUGCUCUCCUUCGUCGCAUCUGACGGCGCGGCGCUGCUCGUGCCACUCGCCACGCACACGCUCGCUGACGGGGAGAACCGCGCAAGAGGCGCUGCCAGCUGGCGCGUCGCCAAGGCCGAGGCAGUGGAGCGCCUGGCUAGUGUGGAGUACAUGUCGUCGGCGCACUUUGAGCUGCCAGAGGAGGCGAUCGCAGCAGGCGACGAGACCAUGGACGCCUUCGCCCCCGCGCCCGCCCAGCCUGCCUUCGACAACCCCCCCGCGCCCCCCACGCCCUCCCCCCGCCCCUCCGCUGGCUCCGACCCCCUGGCCGCCCUCGCCCUGCUGGGCUCUGCUGACGAUCCUUUCGCUGCUAGUGACAGCCUGCUGGGGGGUGGGGGGGGCGAGCUCACUCCCCUGGGUGCUGGUGGUGAUGGGUUCGGGGGUGGUGGUUUUGGGGAGGGCGGUGGGGGCAUGGGGGCAGCAGGUGUGACGAAGAGGCCGGAGAACGACCCUGCUUCUCUGCUGGCCGAGCUUGAGGCGGGGUUGUCCUCCGGCCUGCCCCCCUCGUCGCUGGACCCCUUCGCCUCGGACAGCAUGGCGGACGCGUUUGGCGCGGACCUGGAGGCGGAGGGGCUGGGCGGGCUGGGGGGGCUGGGGGACGACGAGGGGGACGACGCCUGGGGGACGGCGGGGAGGAGGACGCGGGGGGAUGUGGCGGCAGGGGGUUCAGCUGCUGCUGCGGCACGACAGCUGGAAGUGGCACUGGGGCUGGGAGCGAUGGAUGUCUCAGCGCCAACUCCUACGACCCCACCAGCAGCAGCAGCAGCAGCAGCGCCCGUCACUCCAGCGGGCCCCACCCUCCCGACCUUCCGUGUGGAGGAGCGCAUCAGCGCGGACUUCCUCGGCUCCUCGCUCACGCGCGUGCGCCUCUCCGGCACCGUCUUCCUCACGCUGCCCCUGCCCAAGGGAGCGGCGGCUUCUGGGGACGCCAUGGGGGGAGGAGGGCUGCUGGGGGGCGGCGGUGGCGCUAUUGGUGGUGGGAAAAUGGGUGGGGCGGGGGCGAGGGGAGGGGGGGCGGGUGCGGAUGCGGAGAAGGACGGGAGUGCGCCUGAUGAGUUCUCGUUCAGGCUGGAGGGCUCUGGCGCCAUCAAGCGCUGUUCCAUCCGCCCCGGCAUCGUCAACGAUCUCGGCAAGGGCUACUUCCACUUCCGCACGCCUCCCCCAGGCACCACCUUCCCCCCACUCUCCGCCCCCUCCGCGGUUGCAGCCUCCCCCCAGGCCCCCCCCAUGGCGGACCUGCUGGGGGAGGGGGACGAGGGCAUGGGGGAGGUGGUGAAUCCGGGGGAGGAGGGCGCGUGGGGGCAAGGGGGGGAGGGGGCGGAUGGGCGGGCGCAGGAGUUUGUGCUGAUGAAGUACCGGCUGCAGCCCAGAUACACGCCCAUUCCACUGCGCCUGAGAUUCGUGACAAGGAGGAGUGAUGAAGCGCUCUCUCUCAUGAUCCAGUAUGUGGCGAACCCGUAUCUGCAAGCCCCUCUGGUCAACGUCACCUUCGUCCUCUCCCUCGCCUUCUCCCCCGCUUCACUCCGCAUCAACCCAGAGGCGCAGCUUGAUCCGUGGACCAAGGAGCUGAGAUGGCUUAUCCCGCAAAUCAAUCCGCAAGACCCACCGCAACGGCUGCGAGCGCAGAUCCCAGUGAUUCCAGAUGACUUGGUGCAGGGGGCGGCAGAGCGGACAGCGGAGGAGAAGCAGGCAGAGGAGGACCGCAAGGCGCGGGAGAUGGCUGCAUACCGCGUGCGCGUGGAGUUUGAGUGCCGAGGGUCGUCGCUGUCAGGGGUCACUGUGGGUGAGGUGAUGGCCACAGGCAAGCCUCCGUUUGCUGUGGCAGGGCAUUCGUUCUCCUCGUCAGAGUACAUAUGCUCGUGAGGAGAUGGGAUUGGACUACGACU